UGAGUGAUUUAUAACAAAAAAAAAAAAAAAAAAUACAUACAUACAAAAACAAUUGAUGUUUUUACGCAAGCUUAAAAAAGUUUUGAUUGUAAACAAUUUUAGUCAUUAUAACAUAAACAAACAAUUGAGCAAGAUGUGGCAUGUCGAAGACAAUCGUUUAGCGACAUUUACUCGAAUUUGUGAUGAAAUUGCUGAGGAACGUAGUUACUUAAAUAAAGCAAAGAUUUUGGAGAAUUUUUUGCGCAAGGGCUGUAAUAAAAAGGAAUUCCAAGGCGAUACUUUACUAUGGAUACGCAUGUUAAUACCUGGAGAUUCUCAACGUGUUUAUAAUUUACAAAAUAAACAAAUGGUGAAACUGUUUUCGCGGCUUUUUAAUAGCGAUGCCCAUGAAAUGCAAUUAGAUUUGGAACAAGAGGGAGAUGUUUCAGAAACUUUGCGUAAAUUCUUUGAAUCUUCCACAAAAUUAAAACCUCAAAAGAAUAGUAGUUUGUAUUUACAAGAAGUGGAAGAGUUUUUACAAAAAUUGGAGCAACGUACUAAGGAAGAUGAACAAACGGAGCUAUUAAGGCAGCUUUGUAAACAAACUACUGCAACUGAUUUAAAAAUGAUCAUUCGAAUAAUAAAACAAGAUCUUCGAAUGAAUGCGAAAGCUAGUCAUGUAUUGGCUGCUUUUGGCCCCAUGGCUUAUGCAUCCUAUCAAGCUACCAGAGAUUUGGAGCAGGUUGUAAAGCAAUUUUCAUUUAAAAAUGCUAAAGAUAGCAAAAAAGCUGAUUUGGUACCGGUGGCAGCAGUUAAAGGAAAAAAGGGCAAAGUGGUUAAUGUUCAAGUCAUGACACCAAUAUCUCCCAUGUUAGCUAAUGCAUGUAAUUCCGUAGAAGAUGCUUUUAAGAAAAGUCCCAAUGGUUUAUUUAGUGAAAUUAAAUACGAUGGCGAAAGAGUGCAAAUUCACAAGCAGGGAAAUGAAUUUAAAUUUUUUAGUCGUAAUUUAAAACCUGUUAUGGAACACAAAGUUAAACGAUUUAAGGAAUUCAUACCCAAGGCUUUUCCUGGAGCUGGUGAUAUGAUAUUGGAUUCUGAAAUUAUUUUAGUUGAUACGAUAACAGGUGAACUAUUGCCUUUCGGUUCUUUAGGGGCCCAUAAGAAAAAAGAGUAUCAGAACGCUGAAGUCUGUCUUUUUGUAUUUGAUUGUAUAUUGUUUAAAGGAGAAGAUCUAACAAAUGUAUCUUUUAGGGAAAGGCGUAAAAUAUUAGAGGAUAAUAUAACACCUAUUAAAUCAUACGUCCAAUUAUCAGAAUCUCAUUUUCUCAAAACUAAAAAUGAAUUGUCUCUAAUGACAGCUAAAGUUUUGAAAGCCAAUUUAGAAGGAGUAGUUUUGAAAGAUCCCUCUGGCACUUAUCAGCCUGGCAAGCGAGGUUGGUUGAAAGUUAAAAAAGAUUAUCUUUUUGGGGGUCGUAUGGCUGAUACUGCAGAUUUGGUAUGUUUAGGUGCGUCUUAUGGUUCCGGUAAGAAAGGAGGUGUUCUUAGUAUAUUCCUAAUGGGUUGUUAUGAUCGGCGAGAUCGUUUGUGGAAAACGGUGACAAAAGUACAUACUGGUUUGGAUGAUAAAACACGUUUGGAAAUGCAUGAUCAUUUAAUGAAACUUAUGGAAAGAUCUGAUGGAAAACAGGCUCCCUCAUGGUUUUUGUGCAAUAAACCCUUAAUACCAGAUUUUGUUGCAAAAGAUCCAAAAGUUAUGCCUGUAUGGGAAAUAACCGGUGCGGAAUUUACAAAAUCUAGUGAACAUACAGCAUCUGGCAUAUCAAUACGAUUUCCUCGUAUAACACGUUUAAGAGAUGACAAGUCAGCAGAGCAAGCAAAUGAUUUGGAACUUUUGGAGAAAUUGUAUGAAGCCUCAAAAAAUAAUGUAAAUGUUGAUUUAUUAAUUAAGGGUUGUGAUAACGAUGGCGACAACAAAAAUGAUAAAGUCAAAAUAAAUAGUAAAAUUAAUUUACAAAAAACUCCUAAGAAAACUAUACAACCAGAAGAUAAUGUUUCACCCUGCAGCAGUAAAAAAAUUAAAGCCGAAACUCCCAGUUCCAGUAGUAGGAAAAGACAACUGGUAGAAGAUAAUGACAAACUACAAAAUAAUAAAAAAAUUAAAACAGAACCUUUAGAUAACAAUGAUAAGAAAACUUCCCGCAAGCAAUUGACUUUAGAUAGUGCCUUUAAAACAUCAACUAACAUUAAGAAGGAAGAAAAGGCUGAUCAAGUUGUAAAAAUUGAAAAAGAAAGUAAUUUAUUUAAGAAUGUUGCAGCCUAUUUUGAAAAUGUUAAAAGCUCCACUGAGGUGAUUAAACACUUUAAAGCCCACAGUGGUAUAGUUACCACAGAUCCAAAGAAAGCUGAUUUGGUUUUUUAUGAAUCCUAUAAUGUUAAUGUAAAAUUAAGUGAUUGUAGAGAAAAGUAUAGGAAAACUAGUCAUCAUUUAAAUAUACAAUGGUUAAACGAAUGUAUAAAACAGAGAAAAUUAUUAGAUUAUGGUCUUUAUGCAAUUUGUAUAAAUUAAUGUAAUUAUGUAAAUACACAAAAUAAAAAAAUAACAUUUGUUAACAUUUAAACUCAA